UUCAAUCCUUUCAUAAGAAAAGGUUAUCGAGAAGAACUUUCAAUUAAAUUAUGUCUCGAAAGUAUUUUUUGGUGGACAAAUGAAACAAUCAAUAUCUGGAGCCAUCUUUUCGGAUGCAUAUAUUUCGCAGUGCUCAGUUACGUGGACAUGACAUAUCUCAGUGCUCAUGCUGAUUUAACGGACAUAAUUAUAAUUGGGUGUCUUUUGACAUCAUUUGAGCUUUGUCUCGUUUGUUCAACUGUUUAUCACACGUUUUGCUGUCGAUCGUCCAAAAUUUACGAUUGCUUGCUGACAUUUGAUUUGCUUGGAAUUGGCAUUGCAUUAUUUUGUAUCUUUGCAAGUGGAAUUUAUUAUGCAUUUUAUACUCAAACGGAAACACGCAACUUUUACUUGACCUCAGUUGCAGUUAUCUUUAUGAUUGCGAUGAUUUUACAAAUUCCAAAGUUAGGUGUUCCCAAUAAUGUCAAAAUGUUGUCGUUACUUUUAUGGGCAGUUUAUGGAGUUGUUCCUUCGUGUCAUUGGUUCUUUAAAAUGGGAGGUUUUUCAAAUAAAAUGGUUGAAAUUUUUAUUCCAAGAAUAAUAGGAGCUUAUGCAAUAGCUGGAUUUGCGUUUCUUUUUUACGCAUCUCGAAUUCCUGAACGAUGGUUUGCUGGAAAAGUAGAUUUUUUAGGACAUUCUCAUAAUUUGUGGCAUAUUCUGGUAUUGGUUGCACUAAAUUAUUGGCAUAAUACUGGAAUAAUGCUUGCAGUUUUUAUGAUGGAUAACGGAUGUAUUGAUGACAGAGAAAAAUGUUAUUUAAUUCAAAAUAUUUAA